AUGUCUGCCCCAAACGAAACAAGCAAGACCAGCGCGCCCGAGUCUCCCACCACAGUCCGCCCCCUGGAUCUAUCUGACGACGAAGACGUGCAAGAAACAGGUGUGCUUGGCGCCGAGGCUCCCAACCAGAACACCACUACCAACACGACCAACACGACCAACACGACCAACACGACCAACACGACCACCUCGUCCACCAUGGCGUCCUCGACAACCGCGGCCGAGGCGCCCCCACCGAAGCCCCCUCGACCCUCCACCGAGACGCAGAAGACCGAGGACAUCCUGAAGGAGGCGUUCCCCAGCAUCGACAUUUCCGUCAUCAAGGCGGUCCUGAGAGCCAGCGGCGGCAAGAUCGACCCGGCCUUCAACGCCCUCUUGGAAAUGACCGACCCCGAUGCGGCCCAGAACGAGACGGCCGACGAGCAGCCCCCUCCGCAGCCCCCGCGCCCCCAGGGCGGCGGUCCCCAGCUGUCCCAGCUCGAGGCAGACGAGCUGUACGCGCGCCAGCUGGCGGAGCAUUUCGAUAAUUUUGGCAGCUACGAGGCCAGGACCUCCAACAGGAGCCCCGGCGGCCGCGUGCAGCGCCAGCAGACCGGCCUCGAGCCCCGACCAAACGCCGAGAGCCGCGAGUCUAACUUCUUCGAGGAUGAAUUGCCGGUGAUCCAGGAGAAGCUCAGGAAGGGGUUCAUCGAGACGCAGGGCAAGGUCAACAGCUGGAUCACGACGAUGAAGAAAAGAUUCGACGAAGAGUUUGGCGAGGAGGACGAGACUGGCCAACGACCCGGCCAGGCCCAGGGCCAGUACGGCGCUCGACGGCCCGGGGAGUCGAGCCGACGGAGCGGGGACUACGAGAGAUACGACGCGGACCCCCAGGUUCUGAGCGAUGAUUUUGCGGGUAUGAAGUUCGCCGCUGACGGAACCCCCCUCCGCGACAACAGCAGACCCUUGUCCAAUCCGGACCUCUACAAGCCCCCUCCGCCCUCAAAGUCGCCCAAGCCCCAUGACGGCCGCAAGGUCGCCUUCCGGGAAGGCACCGAGGAGAUUGACGUGUACGGCUCGUCGCCCCGGCGCUCCGCCGAAGACUUGUCCGGAUCCAAGGCCAAGUCUAGCAAGUGGCAACCCCUAUCGACCGUCGACCCGAACCCCAUCAGCGACAACGACCCCUUUAGCCUGGGCGACAGCGAGGACGAGAGGGAGGCCAAGGAGAAGGCGGCCUCCAGCAAGGAUGCCAAGGACGUCACCUCGGAGGACAGCGAGAGGUUGAAGAAAGCCGCCGCCGAGGCCAUGGCUGAUAGCCUAGUCGAGUCCAAGGGCGGCGAGCCGGCGGAUGCCGCUGCCAAGAAGAACUGA